CUCCUUCUUAAAAUGUUUCUUCUCUGGCUCUGACACCCCCUUAUUCUCUCCCUCUCAAUUUCACCCUUUUUAUCUUCAAUAUCUUCUCUUUAGUGCUUCUCUCUCUCUACAAAAAUCAACAUCAAUUUUCUUUACAAACCCAAAUCUUGAAUUCUCCAUUGUUGUCUUCUUCACCUUUACUGUGCAGAGCAACUAUGCCUGUAGUGUUUUCAGAAAGCUCCACAGUUUCAGAACAGAUUAGAUACAGAAAACCCAGAACGCAAAACCAACAAGAAACCCAAGAUAUGGAUCCAAUUUCUUCUUCUCGCUCCACUAAACCCACCAUUUCAUCUCUACUUUUAGCACCAUUUUCACCUACAAGUCCUACCCAUGAAAACUCAACUACCCCCAGUGCCUCUACAGUUUUUUCCACUAAAAAGAAGAACUUUGCUACAUUUAGGGGACUGGGUUGUACAGCAUCACCGCAAGUGUCGGUUCCUGCUGUGAUUAGGACUUCGGCUGACUGGGAUCCCAAAAGGGUCAAGAAGAAAAAGCAGAACAGCAACAAGAACAAAUCCCUUAAUUCUGCUGUUAAUGUUGGUGGAGGAGUAUCCAUUGGCUGCAGUAACUCAGUCCAGAAUAAUAACCCUUCAUCGUCGUCGUCUUCAUCAGCACCGUUAUCGUUAUCAUCGAGCUGUGUGGCGGUUCCUGACGUUUGGUGUGGUCCUGGAAUUGGAUUAACUACUGAUGCUGCUUCUGUUGAUUGCGUUGUUUCAAGAAGACCCGUGUCUGGGAGGGGAAGAAUUGAAAGUGACAAAGUUACGCCUAGAGAGCGAUCUGCAUGUCCUAUACGAAGAAUGGUGAGCCCAGAAGACAACCCUUUUCUGGAUAUAGAAAGUAGCCUUAGUAUACCACGCUCCCAAAUAGAGUUAUUUGCAUCUAGGCAUCAUCGACAUUCUCGCCAUGGUUAUUCAGAAGGACUUGCAGAGAUUGUGAUGCUUCAAAAUAGUCUUAUGGGAGGAAGAACAGAUGGUCUUGAUCGAUACCGGAACUGGAGACUAGAUGUGGAUAACAUGUCCUAUGAGGAAUUGCUGGAACUUGGUGACAAAAUUGGAUAUGUCAACACAGGAUUGAGAGAAGACGAGAUAGCUCGAUGUGUUAGAAGAACCAAACCCCUUUUGAGUAAUUUAUCUCUUAUCCGCACAGAAUUGGAAAGGCAGUGCACUAUCUGUCAGGAGGAAUAUGAGGCUGAGGAUGAGAUGGGGAAGCUGGAUUGUGGACAUUUCUAUCACAUUCGUUGCAUAAAGCAGUGGCUGAGUCAAAAAAAUAGUUGCCCAGUUUGUAAAUCUGCAGCUCUGUCUAAUAGCUAGACAUCAAAAAACAAUUCCACCCCUCAUGAACCUGUUGGUCUUUUGUAUAGCUUCUUCUGUUAUCAUUACAAGCAAGAAAAUUCUUUGCAGGGUGUUUCUAUCUGAUAGUGAUGGUUCUGUUGUUUGAGUGGCAAUCCUAUGUGGAUGGAUUGAAACGAGUGGUACACAAAGUAUUAGGCUUCUGGUUUGAGUACAGUGAUUGAAUGGUACAAAUUUUAUAUGUAUUGCAAGAUAAGUUUCUGCCAUCCUAUGUCAAGGUUGAUUUCGUGCUUCAUACUA